UGAACACCGGAUAAGAAAUAACAAUAAUUUUUCUAAUUAAAAUAUAAAGGGAAAAGAAAUGUUUAUUAGCAAAAAUUGGCAAAGAUAUAAAAGACAAAUUUUAGGAACAUUUGUUGCAAAUAUUUUUGUUUUAUCACAUGGUAUUGCAAUUGGUUGGAUAUCACCAUCAUUAAAUUUUCUUCAAUCCAAUAAUUCACCAUUAAAUGGUGGCCCAGUAACAAUAACUGAAGGAUCAUGGAUUGGUUCAACAUUUAGUAUUGGAAGUUGUUUUGGUGUAUUAUUUUUUGGUUAUAUAUUUGAAAGAAUUGGUAGAAAAUGGACCAUUUAUAUGUUAUCCUUACCACAUUUGUCAUUCUGGUUUACAGUGUUUUAUGCUUAUGACGUAAAUUAUUUAUAUGUUGCAAGAUUUUUUGCUGGAUUUGCUGGUGGCGGAUCUUUUAUAACAGUACCAAUUUUUGUCGCUGAAAUUGUUGAUAACAACAUUAGAGGACGACUGGCAUCCUUUUUCCAAAUGAUUUUGAAUUCAGGAAUUGUUAUUGGUUACGUUUUAGCAUCAUAUUUACCAUAUAGAAUUGUACCAAUUAUUGGAAUAAUAUGUCCAUUAGUAUUUAUGGCAACAAUGAUAUUUAUGCCGGAAACACCAUAUUAUUUAAUAAAAAAACAUAAAGAUAAAGAAGCUGAAAAAUCAAUAAAAUUUUAUCGUUGUCUAACAAGUAAAUCAGUUAGAGAAGAACUUGAAAUUCGACAAUAUUUAUUAGAUCUGAAAUUAACAAUACAUGGAGAGGAACAAAAUCGUACAAAAAUUACCAAAGAUGAUUUAUUUAAUCGAAAUACAAUAAAAACCAUUUGUAUUGGACUUUUUCUAUUAAUGUUAAAUCAAUUUAGUGGAGCAUUCGCUAUUAUUAAUUAUGGAACAAAUAUUUUUGAAGCAACUGGUUCAACAUUUGAUAAAAAUAUAAGUACGAUAUUAGUUGGUAUUACACAAGCUAUUGGAACAAUAUUAUCAGCUGUUUUUAUUGAUCAAUAUGGACGUAAAGUACUUCUAUUACUAUCAACGGGUACAAUGUGUUUAGGUUUAUUUACAGCUGGAACAUAUUCUUAUAUUGCAACAUUAAAUGACUUAAGUGAUUAUAGUUGGGUACCAGUAACAAGUAUAUGUUUAGUAAUAUUUGUAGCUUCAAUUGGUGUUACACCAGUACCUUUUGUUAUUUUAGUUGAAAUUUUACCAGCUAAAAUUCGUUCGGUUGGCUCUGUAUUUUGUUUAGUUUGUUUAAAUAUAAUGGCAUUUAUAGUGUUAAAAUCAUUUCCGCCACUGGUACAAUUAAUUAAUAUAUCGGGUGUUCUCUGGUGUUGCGGAAUUUUUUGUGGUAUAUCAACUUUUAUAAUUUAUUUAAUUGUACCGGAAACAAAAGGAAAACAAUUGGAAAAGAUUUUUGGUUAUUUGAUGUCAUCAUCACCGCUUCAAAAUAUAACAGAACAGGAUUCUGAUUUUGAAAACGAAGCCCCAGCUUUAAAACGCCUAAAAACCAUUCCAGAACAGCUCAAAGGAAGAGCAAACAUAUUUGCAUUAUCGCAUGGUGUUGCAUUAGGAUGGUUAUCACCAACAUUAAAUUAUUUACAAUCAGAUCAAUCUCCAUUAGAUUCAGGUAAAGUUACAGUUGAAGAAGGUUCAUGGAUUGGUUCAACAUUAAGUUUAGGUAGUGCUGUAGGAAAUUUAUUUUAUGGAUUUUUAUUAGAGAAAAUCGGACGAAAAUGGACAAUUUAUUCAUUAUCAAUACCACAUUUGGCAUUUUGGUUUAUUGUUCUUUUUGCCGAACAUGUUAAUUAUCUUUAUAUUGCAAGAUUUUUAGCUGGUGCUGCUGGUGGUGGUUCAUUUGCUACUGUACCAAUUUUUGUUGCUGAAAUUGUUGAAAAUAAUAUUCGUGGACGAUUGGCAUCAUUCUUUCAAAUUACAUUAAAUUUUGGUACAGUUAUGGGUUAUAUAAUAACAUCUUAUCUGCCAUAUUCAACAGUACCAUUAGUUGGUAUUAUAUGUCCAUUAUUUUUUAUGAUAAGUAUGGCAUUUAUGCCAGAAACACCACAUUAUCAUAUUAAAAAUAAUCAUGAAGAUAAAGCUGAAAGAUCACUUCGUUUUUAUAGAAAUUAUAAAGGAACGGAACGUGAAGAUAUUGAAUUAGCACAAUUUGUUAAAGAUUUAAAAUUAUCAAUAUUGGGUGAUGAACAAAUACGAGAAAAAGUUUCAUUUGUUGAUUUUCUUAAUCGUCCAGCAUUGAAAGCAAUUUUUAUUGCAUUAUUUUUAUUACUUUUAAAUCAAUUUAGUGGUGCAUUUGCAAUUAUUAAUUAUGGUACAAAUAUAUUUGAACAAACAAAUUCAAAAUUUGAUAAAAAAAUUUCAACAAUACUUGUUGGUCUUUUACAAUUCCUUGGAACUUGUUUAUCAGCAUUAUUUAUUGAUAAUGUCGGCCGUAAAUUAUUACUUUUGAUUUCAUCGAUUAGUAUGAGUUUAGGUCUUAUAGUAGCUUCAACAUAUUCAUAUAUAUCGGAUUAUCAAAAUUUAGAUGAAUAUAGCUGGAUACCAGUAACAAGUAUAUGUUUAGUUAUAUUUUUCGCUUCUAUUGGAAUUACACCUAUACCAUUUGUGGUUUUAGUUGAAAUUCUACCGGGAAAGAUAAGAUCACCUGGCUCCACAUUUUGUUUAAUAUGUUUAAGUUUAAUGGCAUUUACAGUAUUAAAAAUUUUUCCACCAUUAGUUGAAUUAAUAGAUAUUUCAGGUGUUUUAGGAUGUUGUGCUGCAAUUUGUGCAAUUUCUGGUUUUAUCAUAUUUUUCUUUGUACCAGAAACAAAAGGGAAAUUACUAGAAAAAGCAGAAAUUUGUAGAUAAAACUUAUGAGAUUUUAUUUUUUAAAUUGUACAAAUAAAUUUAAUAUGCGGUUUUUAA